GAAUGCACCAAUCCUUGCUGUAACCCCCAGAAUUGCACGCUGAAAGCCGGAGCGGAGUGCGCCCACGGGGAAUGUUGUCAUUCCUGUAAGCUCAAGACAGCCGGGAUCCUGUGCCGACAGCCAGCUGGAUCGUGCGACCUCCCGGAAUAUUGCACGGGCGCCUCCCCCUACUGCCCUGCCAACGUCUACUUGUUGGAUGGCUCAACGUGUUCCCACGGAGGGGAGUAUUGUUACAACGGCAUGUGCAUGACGCACCACCAGCAGUGCGUCCAGCUGUGGGGACCAGGAGCUUGGCCAGCCCCCGACGCCUGCUUCCAGGAUGUCAACAGGGCUGGGGACAUGUAUGGCAACUGUGGGAAAGACCGACAAGGCAACUAUGUGAAGUGUGCCAUGAGAGAUGCCAAGUGCGGGAAGAUCCAGUGUCAAAGCUCAGCUGCCAAGCCCAAGGGUACCAACACCAUCUCCAUGGACACCACCAUCCGGUUUAACGGGCAGGAGAUCAAGUGCCGAGGGACCUUAGUCUAUGCCACCAAGGAUGACGAGGGAGAUCUCUCCGACCCGGGGCUGGUGAUGACGGGCACCAAGUGUGGAGAUGGGUUGGUGUGCAAAGACCAGCGAUGUCAAAACGCGUCCUUUUUCGAACAGGAUAAAUGCAUCUCCAAAUGUCACAGCCACGGGGUUUGUAACAGCAACCACAACUGUCAUUGUGAUGCUGGCUGGGCCCCUCCAUUCUGUGAGAAGCCAGGGCUGGGAGGCAGCGUCGACAGCGGCCCCGUCCAGCAAGACCAUUAUGAAGCCAUCUUGAUCACUUUGCUGGUGAUCUUCCUGCUCUUGGUGCCCUCUCUACUCCUGGGGCUCUACACCUGCUACAGACGAGAGAGUUCGCUCCUCAACAAGUGGGUCAAGGACUUAAGGAAGAGGCAGAAGACCGGCAG